UCAGAGCCGGGACCACUGCACGGAAACGGCGUUGGGGGCAGGGCUGCAGCCUUAUCCCGGGAUGGAGGGUGCCGGCGAAGGAGUGAGAGGCCGGGGGGGCAGGCCGUGAGGUCCUAGUGGAGGCCUGCAGCCUGCUGGCAGUGGAGGACCAGGCCACCCGAGAAAGAAAGGGGUCAGGUCACUCUGAGCCCUAGAAGGCGCAGUCGAAGAGGAAGGGAGCUGCAGACACUCCCUUGUUCUGGGCUCAGGCCCUUUUCGUGUUUGGAGCAGGCCUUUUGUGAGGAGAGUUACCCAAAUCUCCGUGUUAGAGCCACAUGCCAAACACCCAAACGCUAAGUUAGGGUUAGGAGGCCAAAACCUUUUGGGGGCGGUCCUAGGAAAUGAGUGGGUAGGGGUCUUUCCCAUUCCCUCUCCUGAUUGGUGGUUUAGACGCUUGUAGAUCCACGCCUGGAUUGGGGAGGGGUCUGCAGGACGUUAGAUUUCGACGCUAGGAUUGGGGGGAUUCUAGUGCUUAGAGAUCUGAGCCAAGCCUUUGGUAGGGGGAGCCAGACAAUUGGAAAGCCUAGGUGAUUAUUUGGGGAGGGGUCUUUGCGCUUUGGCGGAGCGCAAAAUUGCGCCGUUUUUUUUUUUGUUUUUGUUAUUUUAUUUUAUUUUUUUUUAGCCUAAGGCCUUGUAAAGAGAGGUUUCUGUGCAAGGGUGGACCAGCUAGACCAGACUAAGAAAGAAAGUGAAAAAAAAAAUCAAGAUUAUAAGGGGGUGGGGGACCCUGGAAGGGGGUUCACAAAGGGUGAGACAUGGCCACCAGGCGUUUAACCGACGCUUUCUUGUUGUUGCGGAAUAAUUCCAUCCAAAACCGGCAGCUGUUAGCCGAGCAAGUGAGUAGUCACACCACCUCCAGCCCUCUGCAUUCACGUAGCAUUGCUGCGGAGCUGGAUGAGCUGGCUGAUGACCGCAUGGCACUGGUGUCAGGCAUCAGCCUAGAUCCAGAAGCAGCGAUUGGUGUGACAAAGCGGUCACCCCCCAAGUGGGUGGACGGAGUAGAUGAAGUACAGUAUGAUGUUGGCCGCAUAAAGCAGAAGAUGAAGGAGUUAGCCAGCCUUCAUGACAAGCAUCUGAAUAGGCCCACCUUGGAUGACAGCAGCGAGGAAGAGCAUGCCAUCGAGAUAACCACCCAAGAGAUCACACAGCUCUUCCAUAGGUGCCAGCGUGCUGUGCAGGCCCUGCCCAGCCAGGCGAGAAGGGCCUGCUCCGAGCAGGAGGAGCGGCUGCUGCGGAACGUGGUGGCCUCCCUGGCACAGGCCCUGCAGGAGCUGUCCACCAGCUUCCGGCAUGCACAGUCCGGCUACCUGAAACGCAUGAAGAACCGAGAGGAGCGGUCCCAGCAUUUCUUUGACACGUCAGUGCCACUGAUGGAUGACGGAGAUGAUGCUGCCCUGUAUGGUCAGGGUUUCACGGAUGAGCAGCUGGUCCUGGUAGAGCAGAAUACACUGAUGGUGGUGGAGAGGGAGCGGGAGAUCCGUCAGAUCGUGCAGUCCAUUUCCGACCUCAAUGAAAUCUUCAGGGACUUGGGAGCCAUGAUUGUGGAGCAGGGUACAGUCCUUGACAGAAUUGACUAUAAUGUUGAACAGUCCUGUGUCAAGACUGAAGAUGGCUUGAAACAGCUUCACAAGGCAGAGCAGUACCAAAAGAAGAACCGGAAGAUGCUUGUGAUCUUGAUCCUGGUUGUCAUCAUCGUAGUCCUCACCGUGGUCCUCAUCGGCGUAAAGUCUCGCUAGUGGCACCAAGUUCUGGAGCGUGCUACUGCAUGGGUUCCUUGGGUAGGAGGGCGUGGCUGGCACCACUUCACUGUACUGCCUACAGAGCACAGCCCACUGGCCCAACAGCGAGCUGUGGGCCUUCCUGUGGAUGCCCUCUCUUGGUGGACUGGAGUGCAGGCAUGGCUGUGGGUUUCCAUCUCUGUCCAGGGUUUAAGGACCUGAGGCUGUUGCUGAAGAGACUGGCCCUGUGGCCAGCUGUGAUCUAAACACUUACUAGAAAGUGAGGGAAUGCAGGUUUGCAGGCCUUGCUGAGGCACCAGUGUGGUGUGCAUGUGCUUACUGCUAGUACUCACGUCUGAGCAGCAUGUUCAAUAAUUUUUCAGAAAUUUUUUUUUUUUAGCCAUCUGGUUUUUAAGAAGUUUGGUACCAAAAAUUUAUGAGUAGAGACAAACUGCCUCUUCAUCUUCCCAGCUGAAAACAAACCAAGACGCUCUUCAAGAAUUUAUAAUCCGUUCCCCAUUAACUUAAUUUAGCUUCUCCAUCACUGUUAACGAUCAGAGUAACAAAGUGUGAAAAAUAAGAAACCAUCAUUGAUGUUAAUUAACACAUUUAGACGGGCCAGUUAAACCAGCUUCAUGCGUUUAAAUCAAUUGUAAAUAGCGUAUUCCUCAUUCAGAAUUUUGCACUGCAUUUUCUGCUGUAAACCAAGAGGGGUUACUAAGCAAAACCUCCUGAAUCACAGAGUUGGUCAUUUGAACUGACCUCACGUUACAAGAAAACUUGACAGUAUCACGAACUAGAUUGAGCCAUUCUUCCUCAGUCCAUCACUUACAUUCUAGCUACGUAAUCACCUGUCCAAACCCGACUCCACUUAGUGAGCUGUAAAUUACACGGAGGCCGUUUUAGAUGGGCCACCCCAUUUAGGAUUAGUGGAUCUCGAAUUAUUAACCAAACAUCACUCCAUUUCAAAGUAAAAUAUUCUACCCAUGAUUUGAUUUAUCGACUCUUCCAUUGCCAUGUAACAAUGUUCAGAAAGCAGGUAUUCCUGAGGACAGUGAGAGCCUCGACUAGGGAAGCCCUCUGUGUGUGCUUGCUGUGUGUGUGUGUGUGUGUGUGUGUGCCCACGUGUGUACCACAUGCAUAUCAGAUCACUAGAGUAAGGUUCUGUUUACUUCUGUUUAUCUACCGGUGCUUGGGUGCUUGGCAGGACUGGAGUGGUGUGGGCAGUGUUGGAGUCAGAAGAUGAGGGUGUGUGUCUGACUUGCCAUCUUCAUUGAUGCUGCUAUACUUUUAGUGGUCUUUGUGUCAUUUUGGAUAGCUUUUAAAAUUGUCUCUGCUUCUCUUACGUUAUUUAAGAAUACGGUCCUGUUGAGUGUGUGUGUAGACAAAUGUGUGUAUUUACAGACUCACUGCCGGGGGAGUUCAGAAUUCCAGCUCGUGCAGAGCUACCCUGAGCUCAGCCUCCCUGCUCAGGCUGUGGGACACUGGGGUCCAAAGGUUUACCAGACCCCUUGAUGACAUUAGUACGGAGGGUUGGAAGGGGAGUUAGCACCUACCCCAUCACUUUAGAAUCAGGAAAGGGGGGACCUACAGGCCUCUUUUCCUGAUUUCUGAGGUUAGACAAACUGCUCCUGGAUGGACUGGUCAAAUUAGGGGACCUGCUUUAAGCAAUCUGUGGAGGCCAUGCUGAGUAAUUAUGAAAGCCUUGAAGAAAAGUGACCUUUUAAAAAAGGAUCACCAUUUAUUUAUAUUUAUUUUCCUAAGUAGGGUUUUUUUUUUUUUUUUUUUUUUGGUGGGGGGAGUUAGUUUUCCCCCAACCCUUCUGGGUAACCUAACAGGUCUGGUUAGAAAUUGUCCUAAGGACCUGUGGGAAGAGGGACUGUCCCCUUGUGCUUGAAGACAGUAUGGUUCUGAUAUGGGCCCGGCCACCCUGAUGGCCAUCCUUAGGGGGCAUGGACAGGCCUGCCUUGUAGCUAGAUCCACAGCCAUGUGUGUCCCUCCCCAUUGCACUUUUCCACUGAGCCUGUUCUUGGGGGAACAUCAGAAAUGUGUGAGGACACAAGAGGGUUAGUGCCAGGGUAACUGACUUUGGAAGAGGACUCUUCUACCUGCCGACAGCCACUAUCUGUGGGCUCAUCCUGCCCUUCAGUCUGGCUGUGGAGGUGACAAUCACAUCUCUCCCUGUACCUGGGAAGUGCCCUGGGGAAGAAGCCCAAGCCCUGGAUACUACCUUCUUCCAUGGUCCUCGGUGACUCCUGGAGAGUGGCGGGAAGGAAGGGGACAUGUGCUGGCCUUUGGGGCCCUGAUCUUCCCUAAGACGAGCCUAAAACUGCUCUCUGUCUUUUGGGGCCGGGGAGGGGUUGGGGUGCUAGCUGGGCCACUGUGUGAAGCAGUGUGUCUAAUUUAACGGAUGUACCGCUUUCCCUGCUAAUUGAGAGAGCAUUAUUUAUUUGUUUUGACACAAGUGCUUGCAGUGUUUCAUCCCAGCUAAUGGCUUCUUAAAGGUAAUAAAACCCUCCAACCUAAUUGGCCAGAUAAGACUUUUUUCCUUGUGUGCUUAAAUAAAGCAAUUAGUGAAGCGCUUCUAUCCAAAAUGACUUUUUUUUUUGUCCUGACUAAUUUACUGUUACUGGAAACUUUGUACAAUAAAGUGAUCUCGCAGACUGAA